CCAUCACCAUCUCCCCCUCUCCCUCUCUCUCUCUCGAUCGACGCUUUAAAUUGCACAUAAAUAAAGCUUCAAAAUUAAAACAAGAAGAAGAUCAGAAUCCAAAGUUGCCAUCCCAAUUUUCCCGAGAAACAAACAGAAAAUCCUCUCUCCAGAAGCAGAAAGAGCCAAAAAAAAUGCUAGAUCCGAGAAAUGACUUGCUGCCGCCGCCCUCCUCCCCCACCAACUCCUCCGUCUCCUCCUCCGAUCUCGACACCGAGUCUACAGGCUCGUUCUUUCACGAUCGGAGCACGACGUUGGGAACCCUUAUGGGAGUGAGUUUCCCCUCCAUCACCUUCAGAGCUCCGAGCCAGAACAGCCGCGACCCCCAAGCCGGAAACAUCAACAACAAUGGAAGUGCCAGCGGAAGCAGCUCCAGGAAGACGAAGAAGCCGAAAAAGAAGAGUGUCGCCGCUUCGUCGGCGGUGGGUGUGGUGGCGGAGCGGCGGAGGAGGUGGUGGCGGCUUUGCCGUGACGACUGCACCAAGCCGGCUUCGCUUGGGGAGUUUCUUGAGGUGGAGAGGAGGUUCGGAGACGCUGCGUUUUAUAAUACGGCUGCGGAGCUUGAAGGCGUCAUGGUGGACCAGCCAAGAAAUGGACGGCUGUUGUUCGCCGACGGGAGGGUUCUUCCGCCGCCGAAUGUGGAUGAUGGGAUUGCGAAUGCAUCGACGGCUGGAGUUCUCUCUAGAUUGCCGGUUUCACUCACUGCCAUCUGUAGUGGCGGUGUAGCAUAAUUCUGCUCCCGCUUUUUUCUUUUUCUUUUUUUUCUCCUCCGUCUUUUGGUAUUUUUAUCGCUGUUUAAUGACAUCGGCAUUUUAGUUUAUUUAUUUUUAAUGUGGAAACUAAUGGAAAACAAAAACAAAAAUAAUAAUGUUUAUGC